AUGCAGGCCGGAGCGCAGACGGGAAAUCCGUUCCAAGGGCACACUGGGCAGGUCGAUUCAGUGGCUUUUUCACCGGAUGGAAAGUAUGUUGUCUCAGGCUCUUCAGACCACACCAUCCGAGUUUGGGACGUGGAGAAAGGCAUACAGGUGGGCAACGCCCUUCGAGGGCACACUACCUUGGUCAACUUUGUUUCUUUCUCCCCCGAUGGGAGACGUAUCUUGUCGAGUUCCUACGGCGACACAAUCCGGAUUUGGGAAGCGAAGUGCAGUUCGUAUGUGGAGGGUUCCUUCCACGAGCACACCCAACCGUUCAAGCUGGACAUACCAUUAGCCGAUGACGAUCAGUCUCGGCCAACCAAUUUUGCCAGUGACUUUGAAGAGGAUACCCCUAAAAAUCAAACUCUAAUCCGUUUCUCAUCUACUCCUUCGCAUGCGCUACGGGAUGCUCGUGGGUUUUUUUCUGAUUUAAAAGGGGACUGGCGCGAGCUUGUCGAACUCCAAGAGGACGGUUGGAUUGUAGGGCCUCGAGGUCAACUAUUGCUAUGGGUCCCUUUGACACAUCAUCAACUUCUUUAUUCUCCAUGGAAUACCUUAGUGAUGCCCAAGGGUGGUCCAGAGCUUGAUCUGAGCAAGAUGGCUCACGGUCGCAGCUGGCAUCACUGCUUUGAACCCUAG